CCAAUCUCUAGCAGAAACGUCUUGCCCGACACGACUACUCGUCCGACUAGAACCAAACUUUUCAAUCCAUCGUUCGCAGUUCAGUUCACACUUCACAGGCGAGCAGCGACCAUGGAUACCCAAGCACGUCCGGUUCCUCCCCGCGUCAAGCUCGGCAUCCAGGGAUUCGAGGUGUCCAAGCUGGGGUUCGGGUGCAUGGGGCUGACGGGCGCGUACAACUCCCCGCUGGACGACGAGGCCGGCAUCGCCGUCAUCGCGCACGCUUUCAGCCGCGGAGUCACCUUGUUCGACACCUCCGACGUAUACGGGCCCCUCACCAACGAAAUCCUCCUCGGCAAGGCGCUGAAGCAGCUGCCGCGGGAGCAGGUGCAGGUGGCCACCAAGUUCGGGAUACGGCAUGACGAGAGCGGCACGCGGACCGUGUGCGGCCGGCCGGAGUACGUUCGCGCCUGCUGCGAGGCCAGCCUGCGCCGCCUCGGCAUCGACUGCAUCGACCUCUACUACCAGCACCGCAUUGACACCACAACUCCCAUCGAGGAGACGAUUGGCGAGCUCAAGAAGCUGGUGGAGGAGGGUAAGGUCAAGUACAUCGGAUUGUCAGAGGCGAGCCCGGACACCAUCAGGCGUGCACAUGCUGUGCACCCGAUCACCGCGGUGCAGAUGGAGUGGUCUCUCUGGUCUCGCGACAUUGAGCCCGAAAUUGUGCCGCUCUGCAGAGAAUUGGGCAUUGGAAUUGUACCAUACAGUCCUCUUGGCCGUGGGUUUUUUGGUGGAAGAGGAGUGAAAGAACAAGUGUCUGCUGAAUCUAAUCUGCAUGGGAUCCCAAGGUUUGCUCCAGAAAAUUUGGAGAAGAACAAGCAAAUUUAUUUGCGAAUGGAAGAACUGGCCAAUAAGCACCAGUGCAGCCCUGCUCAGCUAGCUUUAGCAUGGGUUCUGCAUCAAGGAGAUGAUGUGGUUCCUAUACCAGGGACAACCAAAAUCAAGAAUCUAGAUUCCAACAUUGACUCCUUGAAGGUGAAACUGACAGACGAAGAUCUGAAAGAAAUGGGCAGCCAGAUACGGGAAGAAGAUGUGGCUGGUGGAAGACAAUUCACUUCAUUUGCACAUACCACCUGGAAGUACGCUGAUACGCCAAAGAAGCAGAGCUAAAAAAUACUUGAAAGCAACAAUGAUGAUGCGAUUGGUAUGGCCCUCUCCCUGCAGAUGCCCUCAGGAACAUUGCCGAUGCCCCUUUGUGAACAGCCUCUUCUAGUAAAUAAUAAUGUAUGGAGAAGAACAAUGAAGGGCCCAGUCUUGUUGGAAGUACGAAUAAUGUACAGUUACAGGAAUGUGUGCUACCAUAUAUUUCGUCGCA